AUGAUGUUGAAUGUAAAAUCACACCAGAAUCUUACCCUUGAUCUUGACUCUUCUCAAUACACUGAAGCCCUACGUCUAAGGAUUGAGUGCAUGCGUUUCUCGCCACUAGCUCAAGCUUUGACCGUGGCAGAAUGUGUUCCCUUGGUUCAUCUUUCCAAGGCGUAUUUCGCCACCAACUACAGUCAAACUGAUGGGGUUAUCACAUUUGAGGUCGCUCCACACAAGACUUCGAAUUCAAAAGCUCGUUUCUGCAGAUGCUUAAGGUUUACUGCUAAAGAUGGGGUUGUCGAUCCAGACUUGAUUUCUUCUUCUGCACUUAUCGAUAUGUUCUACCAGAUGGGAUAUAUUGGGAAUAUCUCUCUUUUUUCGAAGUUUAGGAAGACCAAUCUACCCCCAAUGUGGAAUGAGUUGUUCACUCUCUUUUUCAAAAGUUUAUCUGGGAGGGUUUUCGGGUCUGAUAGUGCAAGUAUUUUAUUUUGCACUAUAAUCUAUGGUCUAUAUACUAGAGUAAACUUGGAUUAUGGGGAUAUUCUCUAG